AUGGUGAUAGGGCCGCUGUCAGAGGGGCUCACAUGCGUCGUUGGCCCAAACGGCACUGGCAAGAGUAUCGUGGGCGAGGCGAUUGCGUUCACGUUGGGAGGCGCCAAGCGCAUGCUGCGCGCCAAGAGCCUGGUGUCGCUCAUAAACGAGACCGCCGCACUUGAGGACGCUGCGGCUAGGGCGCAGGCCCAGCUACAGGAGCUCCUGAGGCCGCUGGGCAUUCAGCCUGACGCGGUCGACAGGUUGGAUGAUGGUUUCAUGGAUGCCUGA